AUGGGGGAUUUGAACGACCUCAUGUCACAGUCUGAAAAAUGGGGCUUGCACCCACACCUUGAGGGCCUGAUACAUGGUUUUUGUGACACUUUGACCGAGUGUGGGUUGUUGCAGGUUCACACGGUAGGCUACCCUUUCACUUGGGAGCGGGGAAAGGGGACUAUGGACUGGGUGGAGGAGAGGCUUGAUAGGGUGGUGGCUAAGGAGGGUUUGUGUGAUGCUCAUAUACAAGCUCAUGUUUAUAAUAUUAGCACAACAACUUCGGACCACUCUGCGCUAUUUUUGGACAUCCAUUCCCGUUUGGAUGCCCCCAGAGGCAGGCCACCAUUUCGCUUUGUGAAUGUAUGGUUAUUGGAUAGGGGAUGUAGGGAGGUGGUGGAGAGUGCCUGGGAUGGUUUGGCUCAGGUGGGACUGCAGGAUAAGCUGAUCGGGUGUGGGGAUAAGUUCUGUAGAUGGGGUGGUGACAGACAUCAUAAGUUUGGUAGGGAUAUUGGGGUGAUAAGGAAGGAACUAGAACGGCUAAGGGGUAAUCGGGAUGAGGAUUCUCUACAUUUAAUCAAGGAGUUGGAUGGCCGGUUGAUGAGGUUAUUGGAUCAGGAAAAUGCCUUUUGGAAACAAAGGGCCAAACAACAUUGGUUGCGGGAGGCUGAUUCUAAUACGAGAUAUUACCAUAAAUAUGCCUCGACAAGAAGGCGAAAGAAUAAGAUUGCUAAGCUGAGGGAUCGUGAUGGCACGUGGGUGGAGGGUGAUGUCAUGAGUUCUAUUGUUCUGGAGUACUAUAAUAAUAUUUUCAAGUCAAAUGGUUGUAUGGUAGGGGAGGUGCUGGAUUUUGUCCAACCGCGUGUGACUCAAGAACAAAAUGACAUUCUCAUGAGGCCCUUUGAAGCUGAGUAG